CUGAAAGUAAUUGCGGUCGAUGAACGGUUGACAGUCAUCUAUGAGGACAUUAUUAAUUUUGACAAGGAUCUGCCAGAAUUUGGCAUUGUUCCAAUAUCUAAGGAGCUGCCACAAAGGAGAGGGGACUCAACCUAUUCUCCAAAGAUGCUGGAAGAGAAGUAGAAGAUUCUACUUUUUCCUUAGCACUCAAGGUGGUGUUUACAUACAUGAGGACAGAUUAUCCGUCUCUUCUCCUGUGUUAAUGUGGAUCAAGGCCCUGGAUCUGAUUUUGGAAAAGAUGAAAUCUGCAGGCUUUAAUUUCUCCACUGUAAAAGCUUUGUCUGGAGCUGGACAGCAACAUGGAAGUGUCUAUUGGAAAGAAGGAGCGAGCUCUGUUUUGCAAAAUUUAUCACCUGUUCUUCCUUUACAUCAAUCACUGAAGAAUUGCUUUUCUGUCAGCAACAGUCCAGUUUGGAUGGAUUCCAGCACAAGUGCCCAGUGUAAUUCUCUGGAAGAAAAGGUUGGAGGGGCUCAGAAAUUAGCCAACAUCACUGGCUCCCGAGCUUAUGAGCGUUUUACAGGAAACCAGAUAGCGAAGAUUUACAGCCGGGAUCCUGAAGUCUAUUCACAAACUGAGAAAAUUUCCUUGGUGAGCAGCUUUGCAGCCUCUCUUUUCCUAGGUGCCUAUGCUCCCAUAGAUUAUAGUGACGGAUCUGGCAUGAAUUUAUUGCAGAUUCGGGAAAAAGUUUGGAAUCAAGUCUGCCUUGAUGCUUGUGCACCCCAAUUGGGAGAAAAACUGGACCAACCUGUGCCCUCCAGCAAAAUACUGGGUUUAAUUUCACCCUAUUACACUGAACGCUUUGGAUUUAAUCCUGCCUGCAAAAUAAUAGCAUUUACUGGUGACAAUCCAGCAUCUUUGGCCGGGAUGAGGCUUUCUGAAGGAGACAUAGCAAUUAGCCUCGGCACUAGUGAUACCCUGUUUCUCUGGAUUAAAGAGCCAAACCCUGCUUUGGAGGGUCACGUUUUCUGUAAUCCAGUUGAUUCACAAGCAUUUAUGGCCCUACUUUGCUACAAGAAUGGCUCCUUGAUGCGAGAGAAGAUCCGAGAUGAGCUUGCGUUGGGCUCGUGGGAAGAAUUCUCAAAAGCUCUUGAAUCAACAGCUGCUGGAAACGGUGGAAAGGUGGGUUUUUAUUUUGAUGUGAGGGAAAUUACACCAGGAGCUGUGGGAAUUCACAGGUUCGAUGCCCACAAUGUCGAGACACCAGCUUUCCCAAAGGAAGUGGAAAUACGGGCCUUGAUCGAAGGACAGUUCAUGGCCAAAAGGAUCCAUGCAGAAAAGCUGGGCUAUAAAAUAUCUGGUUGGGAAGGACAUUAAUGGUGAUCACAUGACUCCAGGGUGCUGCAACUGACCUUCGAACCUUUCGCCGUGAGCUUAAGACACAUCUUUUUAUCUGCGCAGGACUGGACUAGAAUUUUGAAUUUUAAAUUUGGUUUUAAUGGGGUUUUAUUAUUUUAUUGUGGUUUUAAUAUUCGGCCGUAUUUAAUAAGUUUUUUAAAUUGGGGUUUUAACUUGUAUUUAUGUUUAUGUUUUACUUGGCUGUAAACCGCCCUGAGUCCCUUGGGAGAUAGGGCGGUAUAAAAAUAUGAUUAAAUAAAUAAAUAAAUAAAUAACUGUUGUAAAUUCAUUCCAGUUGCCAAGUAUCUGGAUUUUGAUCACGUUAAAGACAUUGUUACAGACAUUAUCACGUCUGUAAUAAUGCUGUCAAAUAUCAUAAGUGUGAGGACUGGUUAUAAUUUCCCCUCCCCCCCCAGUGCCAUUGAAUAGAAUAGAAUAGAAUAGAAUAGAAUAGAAUAGAACUUUUAUUGGCCAAGUGUGAUUGGACACACAAGGAAUUUGUCUUGGUGCAUAUGCUCUCAGUGUACAUAAAAGAAAAGAUACGUUCAUCAAGGUACAACAUUUACAACACAAUUGAUGGUCAAUAUAUCAAUAUAAAUCAUAAGGAUUGCCAGCAACAAGUUAUAGUCAUACAGUCAUAAGUGGAAAGAGAUUGGUGUUGGGAAUGAAGAGAAGAUUAAUAGUAGUGCAGAUUCAGUAAAUAGUCUGACAGUGUUGAGGGAAUUAUUUGUUUAGCAGAGUGAUGGCCUUCGGGAAAAAACUGUUCUUGUGUCUAGUUGUUCUGGUGUGCAGUGCUCUAUAGCGUCGUUUUGAGGGUAGGAGUUGAAACAGUUUAUGUCCAGGAUGCGAGUGAUCUGCAAAUAUUUUCACAGCCCUCUUCUUGAUUCGUGCAGUAUACAGGUCCUCAAUGGAAGGCAGGUUGGUAGCAAUUAUUUUUUCUGCAGUUCUAAUUAUCCUCUGAAGUCUGUGUUUUUCUUGUUGGGUUGCAGAACCGAACCAGACAGUUAUAGAGGUGCAAAUGACAGACUCAAUAAUUCCUCUGUAGAAUUGGAUCAGCAGCUCCUUGGGCAGUUUGAGCUUACUGAGUUGGCGCAGAAAGAACAUUCUUUGUUGUCCUUUUUUAAUGAUGUUUUUGAUGUUAGCUGUCCAUUUGAGAUCUUGCGAUAUGAUAGAACCUAGAAAUUUGAAGGUUUCUACUGUUGAUACUGUGUUGUCAAGUAUUGUGAGAGGUGGAAGUAUGGAAGGGUUUCUCCUAAAGUCUACCACCAUUUCUACGGUUUUGAGUGUGUUCAGUUCCAGAUUGUUUUGGUUGCACCACAAGGCUAGUCAUUCGACCUCUUGUCUAUAUGCGGAUUCGUCAUUGUCUCGAAUGAGACCAAUCACUGUUGUGUCAUCUGCGAAUUCAGUAGCUUAACAGAUGGAUCAUUGGAGAUGCAAUGAUUGUAACAUUGAAUGGUUCUUAAAUGGUUGUAAGUUGAGGCUUCCUUGUAUAUAUUUAUUCAAAGUGCAGGAGGGAGAUACAUCUGUCUUUCUCAACCUAAUAGUAAUAGCAGUAGCCCUUAUAUGCCGCUUUCCAGUGCUUUACAGCCCACUCUAAGCGGCUUACAAAGUCAGCCUAUUUCCUCCAACAAUCUGGCUCCUCAUUUUACCGAUCUUGGAAGGAUGGAAGGAUGAGUCAAACUUGAGCCCCCUCAGGAUCGAACUCCUGGCAGUGAGCUGUGAGUUAGCCUGCAAUACUGCAUUCUAAUCAUUGUGCCACCUCCGCUCUCCUUUCUCAGGCCCUCUAAGUCAAGGGUCUCCAACCCUGGCAUCUUUAAGUCUUGUGGAUUUCAACUCCCAGAAUUCCUCAGCCAGUAUGUAUUUAUAAUGAAAUACAAUUGCAGUGUUCAGGGUCAUGUGAUUGCCAUUUGUGACCUUCCCAGCUGGCUCCUGAUAAGUAAAGUCUGUGAAAGAAGUCAUAUUCAUUUAACGAUCACAUGAGUCACUGAUCAACUGCAGUGAUUUGCUUAACAACUGUGGCAAAAAUUGUCAUAAAAUCCAAAGCAGCUCAUUUAACAACUGGCCUUGCUUAGCAAUGGACAUUCUCAUCCUUAAUUGUGGUUGUAAAUUGAGGACUAUCUGUAUAAUCUCUUCUAGCCCAAAGAAAACUUAGCAUUUUAGUACACAUCAAUCCUAUUUCCUAGGUUCUAGAAAAAUAUAAAGGUCAUAAAUGUGGGUGUGACAAUUCCCAAUUGUGGUAAUAUUUUGAAGAUUACCUAUGUUGCCUAUCAUGAUUAGUGAUACUGGUAGUACUGGAUUAUUUCUUCUUCUUCUUCUUCUUCUUCUUCUUCUUCUUCUUCUUCUUCUUC